GUUUGGGGGGGUUCUUUUUUGCAGUUUCGCCUCGGUGCCGUCGAGGGGCGGCCAGGGAACAUGAGCGCCCAGCAGUGCCGGAGAGCCUGGCUGCACCAAGUUGCUCGCAGCGCCCGAGGCCUUCUCUGGGCUCCGCACGUGGGACUCCGGCGCGUCCCCCCGCUCGGUUUCCCGAGUUGCUGGACUAGGCGCCCGCCUGCAGCCCGGCUCCUUCUCCCCAUCAGCCGCUCGUUGUCCUCGCGGGCAGCCGCUCCUGGAGGCGACUAUGAAGCGGUUUUCAGGGCGUCGGUGGAGGAGCCAGAGAAACACUGGGCUGAAGCGGCUCAGGGCAUCGAGUGGCACAAGCCCUGGGCUCAAACCAUGCAGAGGAGAGAUCCCUAUAGCACCUCCUGGUUUGUUGGGGGAGAGCUGAAUAUUUGUUAUAAUGCUAUAGAUCGCCAUGUCAAGAAUGGACAAGGGGACCAGAUUGCUAUCAUCCAUGACAGUCCUGUAACAAAUGCUAAAGAGUUUAUAACUUACAAAGAACUUCUUGAACAGGUUUCCAAGCUAGCUGGUGUCAUGAGGAGCCACGGCGUGAAGGAGGGAGACCGUGUUGUCAUCUACAUGCCAAUGAUUCCACAGACGAUGUACACAAUGCUGGCGUGUGCAAGAAUAGGAGCUAUACAUAGUCUCAUUUUCGGCGGAUUUGCUUCAAAAGAGCUCUCAAGUCGCAUUGAUCAUGCCAAGCCCAAACUGGUUGUAACGGCAACUUUUGGAAUAGAACCUGGAAGAAAUGUCGAAUACAUACCACUUUUAGAGAAAGCGUUGGAGAUGAUAGAGCACCAGCCUGACAAAGUUCUGGUUUAUAGCCGCCCUAACAUGGGAGAUGUUGCUCUUAAACCAGGGCGUGACCUGGACUGGCAUGAAGAAAUGGCGAAAGCAAAGCCAUGUGACUGUGUCCCUGUCCUUUCGGACCAUCCACUUUAUAUUCUGUAUACAUCAGGAACAACUGGCACCCCCAAGGGUGUUGUUCGACCAACAGGUGGCUAUGCUGUUAUGUUAAACUGGACCAUGUCAGCUGUAUACGGCCUUAAAUCCAAAGAGGUUUGGUGGGCAGCAUCUGAUUUAGGCUGGGUGGUUGGCCAUUCUUAUAUCUGUUACGGACCUCUCUUGCACGGGAAUACAACGGUUUUAUACGAGGGGAAGCCUGUGGGGACUCCAGACGCUGGAGCUUUUUUCCGUGUGCUCGCAGAGCAUGGAGUCGUUGCCAUGUUUACUGCACCGACUGCAAUUAGAGCAAUCCGUCAACAGGACCCUGAGGCUAACUUGGGGAAACAGCACAGCCUGACAAGGUUCCGAACACUCUUUGUAGCUGGUGAACGCUGUGAUGUGGAUACGUUAGAAUGGUGCAAGAAAAUCUUCAAGGUUCCGGUUUUGGAUCACUGGUGGCAAACUGAAACAGGAUCUCCAAUAACGGCUUCUUGCGUUGGCUUAGGAAACUCGUUAACUCCUCCCUCAGGACAGACAGGAAAACUGGUGCCUGGAUACAAUGUAAUGAUUCUGGAUGAUGACAAGCAAGCUGUAAAAACGAAGACUUUAGGAAAUAUUGUGGUGAAGUUGCCUUUGCCUCCAGGAGCUUUUCUGGGCCUUUGGAAAAAUGAGGAUCUGUACAAGGAAAUAUACUUCCAGAAAUUUCCAGGGUACUAUAAUACUAUGGAUGCGGGUUAUAUGGAUGAAGAGGGCUAUUUGUAUGUGAUGUCUCGAGUGGAUGACGUGAUCAAUGUUGCAGGUCAUAGGAUUUCAGCAGGCGCAAUUGAGGAGGCUGUUCUCUCCCAUAGCGCUGUGGCAGAUUGUGCAGUUGUCGGCCAGGAAGACUCCUUAAAGGGCCACGUCCCACUCGCUCUGUGCGUCCUAAGAAACGAAGUAAAUACUGAAGAGGAAAAGCUUUUGGAUGAAAUCGUAAAGAGAGUUAGAGAAAAUAUUGGCCCCGUGGCAGCCUUCCGGAAAGCAGUGUUUGUGAAACAGAUACCAAAGACACGUUCUGGCAAGAUACCACGGUCAGCUCUUUCUUCCUUGGUAAACGGCAAGCCAUACAAGAUAACUCCAACCAUUGAAGACCCGGCUGUGUUUAAACAUGUAGAAGAAAUGCUGAAGACCAAGUUAAAGUAAUGGUUAAAACCUAUUAAGAUCUGAAAAUACCUGGAAUGCUUAACUGCAUUUAAUUAGGCCAAAAGUUUCAUGUAAAUCAAUUACAUUGGGACUUAUUUUAUUUCUGCAAAAGUGUUGCUAGGCCUUAUACUGCAGUGGCAAGUAAUUAAUAUUGGAUUGCUGGUGUAAUGAUUUAUGGUGGAUAUUCAGACAGUUUCUCUGAGGCUCAAAUAGCUAUUAAAAUAAUCGCAUUUGCAACUUU